AUGAACCAACAGGACCGGCUGAGCAUCAUGUGGGAGCUACGGAAGCAGAAGCAGCCCAACCUGGAGGAGUUACCCUCCUCGCCUCGUUCGCCCCGCGUGACCGGCUCCCGGCCCAUCCUCAUCAAGUCCCUGACCGGGAACGCUCUGAACUCCCAGAACCUGGGCACGCUGCCCUCUGCCCCCCUGGCCGUGCGGUGGGCGUCGGUGGGCGGCGAGACCUUCCAGGUGCGUGGGCAGGACUACAUGAAGUCCAGGGUCAAGGAGCCCAGCGGCCCCGCGAUCUACAGGCUGCUGGGCGCCGACCUCUUCUCCUUCGACCAGAAGAUCCACAAUAUAGCGCACCACAUAGACCUGCCCGCCCCGCCGCGCGUCAGCGCUGCACACUCUGCGCUGCCACCCGAGGAACGGCUGCCCCUCAUCCUCAUCAUCAACCUCCAGCUGCCGUCCUACGUGCCGCCCAUAUUCGGCAGGAACCACGAUGGCCCCGGGUUCAGCCUGGUGUUUUACUUUGCGCUGCCGGACAAUUGGACGCCGGACCAGGUGCCCAAUCGCGCCGCCCUGGAGCUGUUCCAGAGGUUUGUGCACGACGGCGUGGAGUCGGACGGCUGCGCCACCCGGGACCGCCUGAAACUGAUCCCACACGUCGCCAACCCAGAGGAGUGGGCCAGCGCCGCCCCCCUCUCCCGGUAUGAGUCGAAGCUCCUGUCGAGUUACGCUGACAAACCCAUCUUGUCCCGCCCUCAGCACCACUUUUUUUCCACAUCACGCUAUAUGGAGAUUGACCUGGACAUCCACUGCUACGCCUACCUGGCGCGCAAGGCACUGCAUGGCUUCCUGGGCAGGCUUGGGGGCUUGGUCAUUGACGCGGCCUUUAUAGUACAAGGCAAUGCCGAGGAUGAGCUGCCGGAGCUGGUCUUCGGGGCCGGCAGGCUGUCUGGCGUCAGGCUGGACCUGGCCCAGCCCUUUCGGGUGGUGCCGCAGGAGGAGCUCGUGCUGCACCGGCUCAGCCCCAACCUUACCAGCACCUGA